CAGCUGCCGGCAGAUUAAAAUAAACCAACAGCACAGGAAGUCAGACGGAGACACAGCAGACUGCAGGAGAGCGAGUCACCGCAGAAGAAGAAGAUGGACAUCCAGACGGCUCAGCUGGUGCGUCCUGUCGGCGCCAUGGAGAACCUGGAGCAGCAGCUCAGCUGUCCGAUCUGCCUCGACAUGUUCACCAAGCCGGUGGUCAUCCUGCCGUGUCAGCACAACCUGUGCCGCGGCUGCGCCGGCGAGCUGUACGAGUCAAAGAACCGGUAUACCUUCUCCGGAGGAAGCUUCCGCUGCCCCACCUGCCGCUUCGAGGUGCUGCUGGACCGCCACGGUGUGUACGGGCUGCAGAGGAACCUGCUGGUGGAGAACAUCAUCGACAUCUACAAGCAGCAACAGGAACGUCAACGUGACGACGAGCCGCCGCUGAAAGACAAAGAAGCCAAAGAGCCAAAGUGCAAAGAACAUGAAGAAGAACGCAUCAACAUCUACUGCAUCACCUGCCAGACGCCCACCUGCUCCAUGUGCAAGGUGUUCGGCCAGCACAAAGACUGCCAGGUGUCCCCGCUGCACGCCGUCUACCAGAGCCAGAAGAGCGAGCUGCGUGCCGCCGUGGAGCUGCUGGCUGCGGCUAACAGCAGUGUGCAGAGCGCCGUCACACAGAUGGACGACAGCUGCACGCUGAUCCGCCAGAACGGCGAGCUGCAGAAGAGGCGUUUGGGCGAGAGCUUCGACCUGCUGUUCGCCAUCCUGGAGGAGAGGAAGCAGCAGCUGCUGGAGCGCGUCGGCCAGGUGGAGGAGGAGAAGCUGGCGGCGCUGCGAGCCCUCGCCGAGCGCUACAAGCUACAGCUGCAGAGCAGCAACCAGCUGCAGGAGAAGCUGACGGAGAGCGCGCAGCGCUGCGGCGCCGCAGAGUUCCUGCUCAGCUCCAAACAGCUGCUGCAGGAGGCCGAGCAGGCGGCGAAGGCCCCGCUGACCGGACCCGAGCCCGCGGACGCCUGCAUGGACCACCUGACCAUCGACACGCUGGACGCCGAGGAGCUGAUCGCUAACAUGGGCUUCAUACAGGACCAGGACCAGGACCUGGACCAGAACCAGGACCAGGAUCAGGCCCUGGACCAGGAACAUAGCCAGGAACAGGACCUGGACCAGGCUCCAGACCAGGACCUGGAUGCUGGCAGAGAUUGAAUCUGACUUCAGGCUCCGCAGGAGAAACGUGCAAUCUUUAAAUUAUUUUUAUUGGUGCAAAAUGUGACAUUUUGUUCUGACUUUUGAUACUUUUUUAUUCUGAACGUUUUGAUAAAUUUUUACUCAAAUCUUGAAUUUAUGAGUUAAUUUAAAAUGAAACUGUAAUUUAUAGUUUGUGUCACUAAAUGCAGUUGUGUGUCUGUGCAGGUGUGAAUAAAGUUUUAACCGUC